CCUGUGAAAGGUAAACAAAUGGCGACCUCGACCUGCACUUCAAGCCGUAAAAUGAUUCAAAAUGUAAGCCGAAUCCGCAUAUACCGUUCAAAAUGCCCGGACAUAAGAGAAAAUAUAAUGUUCGCUUUCCACCCGGACGCAUCAAGAAAAUUAUGCAGAAAGAUACAGAGGUUGGACGGAUCGCUGCAGCUGUACCGGUCAUCAUAUCUAAAGCUUUAGAAAUCUUCCUCAAGUCUCUUCUCACCAUGACCAAUAAAAUAAUCCAGUCAAGGAACAGCAGAGUGAUGUCCAUCAGUCACAUGAAACAGUGUAUUCAUUCAGAGAAGUUGUUUGACUUCCUGAAAGAUCUGGCAGAUCAGGCAUCUACGGCAUCAACAUCGGAGUGCAAAACUAAGGGCAAAUGGCAGUCACACAGGAAACGUUGGCAAAGUGUGUCGAUAAAAGCCAGGUCACCUGAGAGGGAGGAGUCACCCCAGAAAUCCACCGAUGAUCUGGUCAUCAACAGUGAUUCGUCCAGUGAAUCUGAGCUUUUCAUCUGUUUGGAAACUCAUUCACCAUGACAGGCCUAUUGAAAAGUAACACUAGAUCCACCAGUCUCUCAUACAGAAAACUGCAGUAUUAUUUAUGAAGACCCAACAUCUUUUUGGGGGGGUGAUGUUAAUUCUUAGCAUCUGACAUAAAUAUAUAGAAUUUUUUUAUUUGUUCAUUUGAUUUGCUGUUUUGUUAGAUUGAAUUUAUGGAUGACAUUGUUUUCAUAGGAACUGUCACUGAGUAAUUAAGUUUUAAAUUUUGUUAAGGAGGAAAGUCAUUUGUUUAUUAUAUAAUAGAGACAUUUUGGUAGUUAGCAGCUCCAGUAAUUUUCUUUCAGUUGGAUUCAUAAUUAAAACUGUAGUUUGAAUGGUCUAGUGUUUACAAUCUAACAUGAUUUUGAGCAAUGAAUUAAAUAAUAAUAGAGAGAAUAGAUAAAUAUGUAUAUUAUUGUCUUUCUAACGGUCUUAAAACAGGUCAGUGGCUUAUUCUGAUGGUUUAGGAGGUUAAGCAGCAUACUGUAACCAAAAUGUCAAUUGUAUUUUCUAGUAAAUGUUCUAUAAAAUAUAUUUUAAGAUUAUGUUGAUAUUACAC